AUGGAUCAGCCUGCAACAGAAGCCACCAAGGAGGGAGAGAACGGUGAUGCCUCAAACUUUCCGUCACACUUUCAGCUGUUCGACGAGCCUGACGACGAAUUGGAGGAGUUUGACGAAAUAGAGAGCAUCGUUAACGUCGAAGAUCCUGAAAUUGCAGAUUGGAACGAAGACUGGGAAAAGGACGGAUGGGACGAUGAGGAUGCGGAAUCUGACUUUGUCAAUAAAAUUCUCCAGGAGCUAGAGAACUACAAGAAGUCGUACAUUCAACAAUAA